GGUUACGCAGCGUCCCGGCGCUUCGAUAGGUUUGUGUGACGUCACACUCUCGCGAGAAGAGACUUGUGCCGUUUGGAUCAGUAGUUGUCCGGAUGGAGCCGUGAAGCUGCCUGUUAUUGUGCUUGCGGGAUUGUUAAGCUUUGAUCCAGGACUGCAGGCGGGACUGAAACAAACGGGACUGUCCCGGGAAAAGCGGAACGGUUGGGGGUUUAGCAAUUUCCCAAGUCAUGGGAAACGUUGAAAGAUAACAAGUUGGACUCCUUCUUCUAGCUUAUCACUCAUACAUAACUUGAUAUUCAAGAAUAGUCAUGAGCAUGUGACUUUGCAUAGGAAAAAAGUAGAAGAUCGUAAUUCUGAAUAAUAAAACGAGUAGAAGGGAGUCUUGCUUAUCCAAGGCUCAAAGAAAACGUAAAGGAGCAGAGCCAGGUCACUCAAAGUCGUCCAAGAGAAGGGCGCCAGGUUCCACUGCCGCAAUGACAGCGGCGACGGAGCCCAUUGAACUGGAAAGUGGGGAAGAAGUUGUUGAUCUUACGUGUGAAUCCACGGAACCAGUCGUUGUCGACUUGACUAACAAUGACUUGAGUAUCAAUGACUCUGUUGUUAUUGUUGAAGAUACCCCCAGGCAAAGAAGGGCUCUAUCUAGACCUUCCCAACAAACAACCAGCUGUGUAUUAAGUAGUGAUGAUGAAGACUCAAGACACGCUGACCACUUUGCUGCAAAUAAAGAUAUUUCCUCACAAGCCUAUGGUAGUUCAAGAUCUUCUUCAGGUAAAGUGAGUUGUCCGAUUUGUAUGGAUAGUUAUUCAGAGAUUGUACAGAGUGGGCGCCUGAUUGUGUCAACCAAAUGUGGCCAUAUCUUCUGCAGCCAGUGCCUCCGUGAUGCUCUUAAAAAUGCUCCUUCAUGCCCAACUUGCAGGAAAAAACUUAAUCACAAACAAUAUCACCCUAUAUAUGUAUGAAAUUGGGAUUAAAAGUAUUUCCGGAAUACUUUGCGACACGCAUGCUAUUUGACCUGACGUUUUUUUUCCCCAUCCCUGAAAACUUCAGUUCCCGCGUUCCUCACCGGUAAUUAAUUAAUUGGCCGAGCCGUCGUUGAAUUAAAUAUUGCUAAAAGGAGAAGUGGACUGGUUGCGUUUUUGGGAGUGAAAAGUUUAAAGAGAUUAAUUUAUAUUGUUUUUUUUUUCUUUCUAUUAUUAUAUUAUAAAGUAAGGGAAUAAAUGUGACUUGUUUCUACAAUGUUAAAUAAUAUGGCUAAAUAAAGGCUAGUUGACUUUAGUGAGGGCUAUAAA